AGAUAUAUUAUGCGUACAUAGAUCUCUUGUGCAAGAUUGAAUUAUUAUAUAAUUGCAUUGUAUCCUCUGUUACUACUACUAGAACACAUCACAUAUUAGUGUCCCUCGAUGCCAAUCGAGGCUUUGCCUUCUCCUGACAUCCUCAUCUUGCACUAGUGUACUGGUGCCGUCUCCAGUCUGUGCCGGGUCGGCGCAUCUUUCUUGUCUGUGGAAUGUAAGACUUUUCCGCGCCCGGCACCCCAGCUGAUAUGUUAGCUGCCCUUUGCCCGAAGACUUUGAAAAUUGAAAGAACAAAGAGAGGAAAAAGGAGCACCAAAGACGACUAGAAGUAGAGCAGUGCAACUAGAACUAGAACUAGAGGAAAUUAAAUACCACAUAAAAAAUUGAAAUCUACCAGCGUCCACUUUGCAAUAACCAAUAGUGGCAAAAAAUGCGAAUCGAACCCUUACGAGAAUGGUGCGAGGAAAAAAGCGGCGUCGGUGUCCAGAUCGAUCCAACGGGCAAAACCGGAACUCGGAAAACCGCAAUUCAGUUAGGGUCCUCAUCACUAACGAUUCUGUUCCUGUUACUGUUACAACUGUCUAUCAUGAUCACAGUCUUUGCUUUCUCUUGUAUCUUGUUUCCUAUAAUCGUCCUGUUAACCUGUAUCUUGUAUUCGUCCUGUUAAGUAUACUAGUUGUGGUGUCUUCUGUUGUAAAGAACUCCACUAGUUGAGAUAGAUUGAGAACUUAGUACUUCUCCACGUGCUGGAGGUUCUAAUGCAGAGGGAGAGAGAUGACGGAUCCCUAGCUAGUGGAAUGCCAGCAGCCUGCGUGUUGUAUGGGAAGCAGCAACUCGGAAACUUUGCCGAAGGCAGAUAUGCGGAGGUCAUAUUGAAUUAUGGAGGUGGAGCGGCGGCGGCCUUAAGUAGAACUAGUUGUUGUAUACUAAUAUUUCCUCGUUGUACUACUAGUAGUUGUUGAUGUACUACUGUGCAUCAUGAUGAUGCCACUUAUUGAGAUUGAGAGUUGUCGAAGUUAUAGGUGGGGAAUUUCGUUAUCGUUCCUAAGUAAGAAGGCAAAGGGGGAACGACGUUCCCGUAUCGACGUUCCCAAUAAGUUUCUUUUUCUUGCAUCUUCCAUGAUGUAUCCUAAUUAAGUCCUGAACUUACGCCUCAUGCUAGGUAAAUGAAUGAAUGAAUCUUGUUCUAAUAUUCACAAAACGGUGAGCGAGCAACGCAGUCAGAUUAUCAUGCAGGUGGGAUACUUGUUGGGCUUACGAGAUGUUCGAAGGAAGAUUAUCCGGAUGGUACAGUUCCGUAACCGUAAGUAGUAUAGCAAGAUGUAUCCGUAUGAAUACCGUAAGUAGUAACCGUAAGUAGUAUAGUAAGGUGUAUCCGUAUGAAUACCGUCUAAGUAGUAAUCCGUAUUAACUUACCGGAAGUAGUAACCGACGUGUAACCGUAAGUAGUGUAUCUACGGAUGAACUACAGUUCUGGAUGGACGACCUUCAUUAUUGACACCCACCUCUUUGUCAAAAGAGUAAGUAAGAGUGACUAAAAGAAGAGCGUAGGCAACGCAUGAGUAGUGUGUAGAGGAGUGUGCCCCCCUCUACUGGGCUGGCGAAUUGUUAGUAGUUACCAGCGAUUUUAUAGGUGCAAUGGAAUCAGAACUGUAGUUCAUCCGUAUACAGAUACACCUCGUAUAAUGAAGUUCGUCCAUCCACACUACAGUUCUGGAUGGCCCUUUUCUCUUUUCUAUCUUCCUCUGGUCUGUCAUUUUUCUAGUUAGGUCGGCUCCACCACAAUUAUUAAUAAGGGUUAGAAGUUGACCUAUCGCUAUCAUCUAUGCGCAUCGCUAUGGCUUCUUCAAGUAGGAAAGGGAUAGCGAGCUAGAGACGCCAACUGUAGUCAACUACCCCUAUUACUUUAUAGCACGCAUGGUGCAUGGAGUAGCAUGGAGUGCAUGGAGCGCAGAGCUUUAAGGGGCGCAAGAAGCUCCCCCUUUAGCUCCAUGCUACUCCAUGCGAUCCAUGCACUCCGUGCCAUGCGAGCUGUGAAACCUUAGGGCCUAAGAUCCUUGCACAAGCACCAGGAAAAUUUCCUCUGUCACGACUGUCAUCCUCUCCAUCAAUCGCCUGAAGAUGGCCUCACCUGCAGUUACAAACUUCUUUAGUCAGUUGUCCGCUGCUGGGGUCUUUUGGCUUUGAUUCUACAUGCAGCAGAGCUAAUCCUUCUUCUCAAUCGAUUGCAGUCUACUCCUUACAUCAUUACAAACUCCUCCCUCGUCUCUGUCACUGUCCUCCUCCAUACUUGAUAUGGUCCUCAGAUUGCCGCAGCAUCUUCCACGUCCCAGACAGUUGGGUCCUAGACGUGUAUGGAGACUUGUGGAGAAUACCCAAGGAGACACUAGUGGAUGGAUUCGCCAGUGAACAUACUACUUCUAAGGUUCCAGACUGGGAUUCCUAUGCGUUGAUGAAAGACGGAGAUAGGUAGUACUAGUACUACAAUAAACAUUACGACAUGUACAUGUUACAGUUUCUUGUACGUAGUAGUUGCAUGGUUGCCAUCUUUAAGAUUUGAUGUUUAAUAGUACUUCAUGAACAAUCUAGAAUAAUUAGGUGAAAAUGAAGAUGUAGAUGUUGUAGUUGAACAUUGACAGAUCCUCCAUCCCAAUCCCACGGAUCACAUUCGCAACCCUAACAGGAUAGGGCUGCUUCUCCGACCAGACGGCACUCUCAAGGUCUAUUGGAAUGGGCGUUGUGUCGGAGAUCUACCCGUGGAACUUGCGGUUACAGAAAGAAUACACUUGAUAGUGGAAAUCCUAGGAAGAGCCGAGGCAGUGACGAUCAACACAGCAGCAAAAGCGCCAGAAAUACCUCUGCCACCAGGAGAUGAAGAUGACUGA